UGUCAUAUUUCCGUGCAGCUCCAGCAGAUUUUAUGCGUAUUUUGCGAUAGUGCUAUUCAGAGCCAUGACCCAGCUUCACUCACAGCUUCACUCAGAAGGCAAGAUGGACGGAACAAGUGUGUCUUGGAUGAUUAUAACGACAGUGAAGCUAGCUGCAGCCAGCUGAAACCUGAACCUGCCCCAUCUUCCACAAAUGGUCAAGCAAAUGGUGACGCAGCGCGCCAUGGAUGGACAGAUGCCAUGCGAGAGGCUCUUGUUGUGAGCAUUCGCCAACGCAAUGUGCUUUGGGACAGAUAUCACCCUCUAGCCAAUAACUCUUCAUUGAGAACGAGACUGUGGGGCGAAGUGUCUCAGGAAAUGCUCGAUCAGUUCGGUAUUCUGUUUUCAGUGAACGAGUUGAGGAGAGUAUGGAAAAAUCUGAGGCACUCUUAUCGGAGUGUACGUGAAACGAAGAAGAAACCUUUGAAGGAGAGCCGAUGCGUUAUUUACUUGGUGCCGAUGAGUUUCCUGGAAUGCGACAUCACAGCAGAAAGGACAACAGAAUCAGAUCACGACUCGGAAAGGUCGUCCUCGCCAGAGGGUCUUGAAACUCUCUCAUCAGGGUACGCUACUCUUCUCUAUUGCAAACCUGAUGAUAGAAGGCAGGGGCGCCGAAAGGAUGUAAACAUCGGGAUUUGCUCCAAGGUGUCUGUUCCACAGAUCGACUGUCUCCUCAAGACUAAACAGGGAGUUUCGCAAGCACCAUCAAGGAAAUUUUAUCCUAUCGAUUUCGAAAACGUUGAAGACAAUUUGUCAGCAGAACUGGAAAAGGUAUAUGAUAAGAUGGACACUGCUCGAGAACAGGUGAAAAAGCGCCUAGAUCUUGAGAGAAAACUGGCAGAGCUUGAUGCGUCGAUCCCGCAGUAUGAAGUAGAUGAUCUGAAGAAAAAAUAUGGCGAUAUGCUUUCCCCAGGCGAGAUCGUGCUUUUGAAGCGACUCGCUGGUGCGAACAGUUGCCCGCUUAAAGAAGCAACAUGUGAAGCGAUUUUCUUUGCUUCGUUGAAACUUCGAAAGCUCUACCAUCGAGCGGCCUUGUCGCUGUUUAUCAAAGAAAGUUUGCCAUCAGGCCAGCUGCAGGCACUUACUGAUGCGUACGAUGAUUUCGUUUACUCACAAAAGCCGAAGGACCCAUUAAUAUUGAAGGUGGUCGAAUCUUGUGAUGCGGAGAGUAAGGAGUCAUUUACUAUGUUCUUCAGUGUUAUCGAGAAGUUUGCCUCUAUGCUCAAUCUUCGCCGCCCAGAAGAACCACGCCUACCCCGAGAUGAAUUCCAAGAACGGAAAGUAGACGAAUUUUGUCAAGGACGAAAGAAGAAGAGGCCCAGUUUGGAUAUGGAAUAUCUUGCGCGAGAGGAGAGCCGGCGAAUAACUAACGCUCGUGCUGCUGUGGCAAAGAAGAUCGAGAAAAUCGAGGCAGAUGUGCAGUCCACGAUGUCGCUUUUGGAGGUGAUGGUGCCUGUGAGCAGCGAGGGAAGAGUUGCUCUUGAAAAGAAACUGAAAGCUGCCGAAGAAGCUUAUGAGAGAGCGCUGAAAGAGCAACGGCAAGUGGAGAUGGAGUAUGAGGAGUUUCAAAGCCGGAACAAUAGGCCGCCUCCAAAAAGACCCAAAACUAAAAAAAAUUCUUCUGCAAAGACCUCGAAGGGGUCAGCAGCCCUUGAGCAAUCGACGUUGAGCUCAAGCACCACUGAGCUGUUCGACAACGAUUUUAAGCCAGAGGCAUGA